CUGACGCCGUUAUCGCCCCGGGGCUGACUCCCGCCCCGGCCGCGCCAGCCCGGGGUUGGGCGGCGGGGCCGCAGCAGUCCCACCCUUCGGACCUCCCCCUCCCCCGCUCCGCUCGGCCCGCUGGUCCGCGACCCAUGUGGGGGUUCGGGCUUCUGCGGUCGCCGCCGCCACCACUGCUGCUUCUGCUGCCGCAGCUCAGACUCGGAAUCGCCGCCUCCUGCUCGACUCAGGCCGGAACCAUGAACCUGGGCGGCGGUAGUAGCGGAGCACGGGGCUCCCCCUCAGCCGAGGGGCGCCCGCCGCAGUGCGUGAGGCUGUCGGCGGUGGCGGGAGCCGACCCGCAGCGCAGCAAUGAGUUACUCCUGCUGCCGGCGGAGGGGGAGGGACCGGCGCGGCGGGGCGCCCCGGGGGACCCGGCGGAGGAACAGCAGCCACCGCCGCCGCCCCAGCAUCACGUUCUCUAUUUCCCCGGGGAUGUGCAGAACUACCAUGAAAUUAUGACUCGACAUCCUGAAAAUUAUCAGUGGGCAGACUGGAGUCUAGAAAAUGUUGCCACCAUUUUGGCCCACCGGUUCCCCAAUAGCUACAUCUGGGUGAUAAAGUGUUCCCGAAUGCAUUUGCACAAAUUCAGCUGCUAUGACAAUUUUGUGAAAAGCAAUAUGUUUGGUGCUCCUGAACACAGUAACAACUUUGGAGCUUUUAAACACCUUUAUAUGUUAGUAGUUAAUGCUUUUAACUUAAGUCAAAACAGUUUCCUACCAAAGAAUAUGAACGAUUUGAAUAAGGACUCCAAAGCAUCGAAUUGUAGAUCCAGCUCUUCUCAUACCUCUAAUGGUUGCCAGAAAGGAAAAGAGAGGACCUGUGAAAAUUUUGAUGAGUCUGCCACUAGUUUUCAUCCACCAUCGCUAAAUGGUGCAUCUUUUACUUUGGUUGGAUUCAGUAAAGGUUGUGUUGUUUUGAAUCAGCUGCUUUUUGAAUUGAAAGAAGCCAAGAAAGACAAAGACAUAGAUACUUUCAUCAAAAGCAUAAGAACAAUAUUCUGGCUGGAUGGUGGUCAUUCUGGAGGAAGCAAUACUUGGGUUACUUACCCAGAAGUCUUGAAAGAGUUUGCUCAAACGGGGGUUGUUGUUCACACUCAUGUUACACCUUACCAAGUACGUGAUCCAAUGAGGUCUUGGAUUGGAAAGGAGCACAAAAAAUUUGUUCAGAUACUUGGAGAUUUGGGUAUGCAAGUGACAAGCCAAAUUCAUUUUGUAAAUGAAAAUCCUUCCAUAGAGAAUCACUUUAGGGUUCAUGAAGUGUUUUGAGACCAUAAGAUUAUAAAUGCGCUUGUUCAGUAGAACAUAAGCACUAUAAAUUCAAAUGAGAUAUUCUUAAAAGUACUAUCUAUCAGAACAAAGCACACAUUCCUAAAAUGAUUGUAAUGUGCAUUGGUAUUCCUUGCUUGUGAAGUUUUCAACUUGAACUGUUAAAUGAAAUUAAAAGCUGGUUUGUGAUAAUCUCACCAGGAGAUGUAAGACCCUUAACAAGGUUAUAUUAUAGUGUCCUUAUAAAAGAUAAAAUUAUUAGAAAUAGUACAUUUUCUGAGUAAUGUUUUAAACUUAUUUUGGUAACACUAUAAUAGUAAUUAUCAAUUUCAGCAGUUAAAAUUUGAGCGGAAACAUUUUUUCAGAGGUAGAGGCAAAGGCAUUGAUGUUUUGUCAUUCAUAAGUGACUGAAUACUGUCUCUUAGGUUUUGUAAACGUGGGAUGAUUUUUCAGUGUGCCACCAAAUGUUUUUUCUUGAGUCAAAAUGUAUUUGUCCUGAAAUGUAGUGUAAAGCUGAUUAUUUUUUAAAAAAACAUUACAGGCUGGCUUAAUUUUUAAUUGACAACUUUUGGAUAUGUUAGAGUUCCUUCAAUCUUUGACAAAAACAGUUUAGAAAACUGUUACAUAAUUUUCAAACAAAUUGAAAAAAAGUUGAACGUAAUUGUGUUUUGGUAAAAAUAAACUGUAGAUUUAAAAUUUAUUCUUCCUAUCUUGAAAGAUAUCAACUUAGGUAAAAUAUUAUUAUAUAUAUAAUACUAUUAGUGUUUUGUUGAAAGGAGACAAAUUGUAUAGAUGUUGGUAUUUCUUCAGAAGCAUUUUUUGGUCUGGCAAAAGAAAGCGAUUCUCUUUGGCCAAAAUGCAAAAUUAUAUUGCUGUUAAGAAAAGUUAAAAGGAAAAGUCUGAAGGCACAAGUGAAUUUGUUUUGGCUCAGAAAAUGAAUUUGUUUAACACUGCUACAUAAUUUGUGUGAGUUUCCUUCUGCCCAUUUCUUUUGACCUAUAUACAUAUAUUUUGAGAAGUCAAGAUGAAAUGUCAAGCAACAAUGAAAUAUAACUGCAAUUACAAUAAAAGGUGAGUGGGGCUUUCUUGUUUAGUAAUGAUUCACUUUUGCAGGUUAUAAAAUAAUUAAGGGGAAGUUACAUGUUGGCUUAGUUUUUAAGUCACCAAAACUAUAACACAAAGGACAUACAAUUUUUUU